CUCAACGCACAAAGAUUAACCAUGACUAGUGUAUUCAUUCUAAAUACUUUUCUUUAAAUAAACAAAUAAAAAUUGAUGUAAAUUUAACUUAAAACUAUUGAAUUGUUGAUAACAUAGUAAGCUAACAAUGUCGGAAGAUUAUUUACAUGCUUGUCAACGAGCAGAAUUGUUAGGAGAACCAAAACCCAGUGAAGAAGAAUGGCUUGCCUCAAAAAAAUCUGAUAAUGAUGAUGAAAUGAAUGAAGCUGACGAGGAAGUUAUUCAGGGGUUAGGACAAUCAGAUAAUGGUAUGCGACGGAUUGGGGGUGGUUUAGAGGAACUGAAUAGUAUUUUAAGUGUCACACAGAAGAAAAUUAACAGAUUCAAGAAUGUCUGUGGUAGUUUGGGUCAGCUACUCAAAGGAAGAAUAACCCCAAGGUCUGGUAUACCAGACCCAAAUCAGCAAGAAUCUGAUCCUGACGGCAAUGAUGUUGGACCAAAUGAGCCUUCUGAUGAAUCAACGAUCUUAGAGACAACGAAUGAUCAAGUAGACAUUAAUCAAGAUCAGAAUAUUGAUGAAUCUAAAACAAUAUCCUCAGCAAAAAAGCAAGAAAUAAAUCACAAAAUUGGAUCUCAUAUUGAUAAGUUAGAUUCUCUGAUUACUAAAGCUGAAAAUGCUCAAUAUAGUAUGCAGCAUCAGACAAAACAGAUGAAGAAAAUUAUCAAGAAAUAAUUUAAUUAUGUGUUAAUCAAUUAUUGUUGUUGAUUAUUUUGAAAUUUUAAAUAAUUAUAAGCUUCUAUUUAUAAUUAUUUGUUAUAUUAGUGUAUUUAAUCCAGUCAAUAUGUUUUAAAUAAGGCUGUUUUUUUAAGCAUAUGACUGGAUUAUAUUUACAAAAUAUUCA